AUGGAUUUAGACACCUCUCGUAUAACUCUCAUUUUUGCAGCCAUCAUUGCCUGCAUCAUUUACCGAAGGCUGAAAUGCAGAUCUUCACCCAAACCCGAAAAGCUUCCUCCGGGCCCACCAAGAUGGCCCAUCUUGGGCAACCUGCUUCAGCUCGGCCCACUACCACAUAGGGACCUAGCCUCUCUAUGUGACAAAUAUGGGCCUCUGGUCUACCUGAAACUUGGUAGCGUUGACGCCAUCACGACCAAUGACCCAGAUAUCAUCCGGGAAAUACUUCUCAAACAAGAUGAGGUUUUUGCAUCCAGACCAAGAACUCUUGCUGCUGUUCAUUUGGCCUAUGGGUGUGGUGACGUGGCACUUGCUCCAUUCGGGCCGCGGUGGAAGCGAAUGAGGAGGAUAUGCAUGGAGCACUUGCUGACAACGAAGCGGCUCGACUCUUUCGCACGGCAUCGGGCAGAAGAGGCCCAACACCUUGUUCUCGAUGUUUGGGCCAUGGCCCAGACGGGGAAGGCUGUGAACUUGAGGGACGUGUUGGGUGGGUUUUCUAUGAACAAUGUGACUAGGAUGCUACUUGGGAAGCAGUAUUUUGGGGCUGGGUCGGCAGGCCCACAAGAGGCCAUGGAGUUCAUGCACAUAACCCAUGAGUUGUUUUGGUUGUUGGGGUUGAUAUAUUUGGGUGAUUACUUGCCAAUUUGGAGGUGGGUGGAUCCUUAUGGGUGUGAGAAGAAAAUGAGGGAAGUGGAGAAAAGAGUGGAUGAUUUUCACACCAACAUUAUUGAAGAACAUAGGAGGAGGGCAAGGGAGGAGAAGGGAAAAAAAACUAGAGGGGAGGAUGGAGGAGAAAUGGACUUCGUUGAUGUUUUGUUGUCUUUGCCAGGUGAGGAUGGGAAAGAACACAUGGAUGAUGUGGAAAUCAAAGCUCUAAUUCAGGAUAUGAUAGCUGCUGCCACAGACACUUCAGCUGUGACCAACGAAUGGGCAAUGGCUGAGGUGAUCAAGCAUCCACGCGUACUUCGUAAGAUCCAAGAAGAGCUCGAUUCCGUCGUCGGUCCGAACAGAAUGGUCAACGAAUCAGACCUAGCCCACCUUAACUACCUACGAUGCGUUGUACGCGAAACCUUUCGCAUGCACCCAGCUGGACCCUUCCUCAUCCCGCACGAAUCACUUCGUGCCACGUGGAUCAACGGUUAUUACAUUCCAGCCAAGACACGUGUCUUCAUCAAUACUCAUGGACUAGGCCGAAACACCAAGAUAUGGGACAAUGUGGAGGAGUUUAGACCCGAGAGGCAUUGGCUUGCUGAUGGGAGCCGAGUUGAGAUUAGCCAUGGAGCCGAUUUCAAGAUCUUGCCAUUCAGUGCUGGAAAGAGGAAGUGUCCCGGCGCGCCACUUGGAGUGACUCUGGUUUUGAUGGCAUUGGCUCGGCUUUUUCAUGGUUUUGAUUGGGCCCCACCAGAUGGGUUGAGGCCUCAAGAUAUUGAUACCAAAGAGGUUUAUGGGAUGACUAUGCCAAAGGGCCAACCUUUGAUGGCCAUCGCUAAGCCUCGCUUGCCUAACCAUAUGUACCAUUAGGGUUGU